CAGAACUGGCUUCUUGGGCUUCGGGAGUGUUUCCCAUUUAAACAAACAGUGCCGAAGAUGGCGGAGAGUUAAUGGUGUAAAGAAGAAAUUAUCGAUCCGGUAGAGAGAUACGUCCACAAGAGUGGUGAGCGAUUUGAGCGAAGCUAGGUGAAAUCCGAGUUGAGCUUGGAGCAAUAUUGAGCAGAGCGGCCUGCAGCGGAGGGAACGAACAGCUCGACUCCAUUGACCAGCCCACAUAGGACCACACCCCCAGAGAGAGGGGAGGGGGGAUCUGAUCGUCCAUCAUCUCGGGCGCUGUCAUAAGGUUUCAUCAGACAACAGCAAGCGGGGGUUUUGUCUAACGAUGAGCAGCAGACGGGGGAGGCAGGUAGACAGGCACACAGGGAGGCAGACAGGAGGAUAUGCGAGAAGAGACGCAGGUGCUGAUAUGUGUACACGAUGAGCGGACUGGGGGAAAACUCCAUGGAGCCUCUGAGCUCAGAAAACCGGAAACGCAAGCUCUCCACUUGCGACACGCCUGGUCUGGGGUGUGAGAGGAAGCGACGGGAGCAGGAGAGCAAAUACAUAGAGGAGCUGGCGGAGCUGAUCUCUGCCAACCUCAGCGACAUCGACAGCUUCAACGUCAAACCAGACAAAUGUGCCAUCCUCAAAGAGACGGUGCGCCAGAUCCGCCAGAUCAAAGAACAGGGAAAAGCUUCAUCCAACGACGACGACGUCCAGAAGUCAGAUGUGUCCUCGACAGGUCAGGGGGUCAUUGACAAGGACCACCUGGGGCCGCUCCUGCUGCAGGCUCUGGACGGCUUCCUGUUUGUGGUGAACCGGGAGGGCAGCAUCGUGUUUGUGUCUGACAACGUGACGCAGUACCUACAGUACAAACAGGAGGAGCUCAUCAACACCAGUGUGUACAAUAUUCUUCAUGAGGACGACAGGGAGGAGUUUCACAAGAACCUGCCCAAGACCAACAUAAAUGGAGUGUCGUGGGGAAGCGAGGCAGCCCGACAGAAGAGUCACACCUUCACUUGCCGGAUGCUGGUCAAGUUUGGCCACGCCCACGGCCCCAUGGAGGAUGGGCCAGGAGGGCCACGCUACGAGACCAUGCAGUGUUUUGCUCUUACCCAGCCCAAGGCCAUGAUCGAGGAGGGGGAAGACCUUCAGUCAUGUAUGAUCUGUGUGGCCCGUCGGGUGACAGCCAUGGAGAGAACGGAGAGUUUUAAUACCCGGCAUGAGCUCUCAGGUAAACUGAUCCAGAUCGACCAGAACUCUCUGCGAGCGUCAAUGCGUCCAGGCUGGGAGGAUUUGUUGAGGCGUUGCAUUCAGAUGUUCCUUCAGCACAGUGACGGGCAGCCCUGGUCGCACAAACGGCACUACCAUGAGGCCUUCCUGCAGGGUCACGCUGAGACACCCUUGUACCGCUUCUCCCUGUCUGACGGCACUCCAGUCACAGCCCAGACCAAGAGCAAACUGUACCGUCACCCCAUGAGCAACGAGCCGCAAGGCUUCAUCUCCACUCACCUACUACAAAGGGAACCAAAUGGCUAUCGCUCAGCUCAGGGUGGGAGCAUGAUGCCAAACACUAUGAGACAACCCGGCAUGGGAGGCCCCAACCCGAAUGCCCAAAUGAACAUGAACACCAGUGGGGGGAUGGGCAUGGGAGGCAUGGGCAGCAUGAGCAGAGGCUACGGCAUGAACGAGCAGGGCCACAUGGGUCACAUGGGACCGAUGGGAGGCGCAUCUAUGUACGGAGGGAGCGGUGGAGGAGGAAGUGGAGGUGGAGGCAUGGGCAACCGCAUGAUGCCGAUGAAUCAGAUGGGGCAGAUGAAUCAGGUGGGGCACAUGAAUCAGAUGAAUCAGAUGGGUCCCAUGAAUCACCCGGGACAAGGCAUGCAGCAGCACCCACAGCAGCCCCCGUUUCAGAGCAGCGGAGGGUUUGGGCUGAGUGGCAUUAACAGCCCUUCUGGAAGCCCGAGAAUGGGCUGCCCCCAGCAGGGGCUCCUGAUGUCACCCCGGAACCGAGGAAGCCCAAAGAUGGGCGCCAACCAGUUCUCCCCUGGAGGUAUACACUCUCCCAUGAGUGGCAUUGUCAGUGGGGGAAGCACCACCACUUUCUCAAGCAGCUCCCUAAAUGCCCUACAAGCGAUCAGUGAAGGAGUAGGAAGCUCCCUCCCCUCAACCCUGACGUCGCCCACGCCAGCCCACAAACCAGACAGCUCUCCCAGUGUCCACUCCUCCUCCUCUUCCUCUCAGCCCAGUCAGCAGGCCAAACCUGGCCAAGAUGGCUCCAAAAGCCCAGCAGGAGGCUUAGGGCCUGGGCCCAGCGACCAUCACCACCCUAUGCACCAUCACCACCAUCAUCAGCAUCCUCAGGCUGAGAGUUCUGGAGACCGACCAGACAGCCAGGCAGCUACAGCGACUAAAGAGUCUGGAGAGGGAAGCAAUGAGGCAGGGGUGGCCAACUCUGAACCGCCUCGGAGGGUGCCAGACAGUAAGGGGCAUAAGAAGUUGCUGCAGUUGCUGACAUCCCCAACUGAGGAGCUGGGAAUAGGUGGCAGCGGGUCAAAAGGGCCCCCUGUACCACCCCCAUCAACCAGCAGCAGCAUUCCUGCAUGCUCAGACGGUAAGGACCCCACUGGAGGCAUGACUAGCCCAUCAUCUACUGGGGUGUCCUCUUCUUCUUCAGCCAAUCCAGGCCAGACCACCGGGCCAGGGGGCGUGUCAACAUCAAUAUCGCCCGCCCACUACACAGGCUCGCUGCAAGAAAAGCACAAGAUCCUCCACAAGCUUCUUCAAAAUGGAAAUACCCCAGAUGAAGUAGCUAAGAUCACAGCCGAGGCUACAGGAAAGGUGACACUGGGGGGCCAGGAGGGCGGUGAGGCUGGGACAGGAGGAUCGGGAGCCGGGGUCACAGAGCCCAAGCAGGAGCAACAUAGCCCCAAGAAGGAGAAGACCCACGCCCUCCUCCAUUACCUCCUCAACAAGGAUGAUUCCAAAGAGCCGGUGGAUGUCAAGCCUAAACUUGAAGAGCUAGAUGGGAAGGGAGCCCCGGGGGCCGCUGGCGGCCCUGCACGGGGUGGGCCUGGAUCUGGGCCUGGCCCUGCCCCUGAACAUCCUGAGAGCAAGAUCAAGUCAGAGCCACCUGAUGACUUGCACAACCUGGAGUCUAUCCUUGGAGAUUUGAGGGGUUCAAGCUCUGACUUUUACCCGGAUCAAGCUGGAGGUGGAGGGGCUAACGACACAGGAAGCAAACCCCAGGGUUGCCUUGACGACAGCCUGCAGGGGAGUCCAGGAAUGGGUCCGGGACCUCGGGGGCCCUUCCAGAGGGCCAUGUCCAUGGAAGGGAAGCCUCUUGUUGGGCCUGUAGGAGCAGGCAGACGCCCUAUGCUUAUCAAGCAAGAGAACAUGAUGGGCAGCCCAGAUGGCUACCCAGGAAACAUGGGACCAAUGAAUAGGGGAAUGGUUCCUCAGAGGUCUCCCAUGGGGGGGUCAGGGGACUGGGGCAUUGCCCGCUCCAGUGCUAGCCCAGUAGGCUCCGCAGGACACCCAUCCAUGAUGCGCCCAGGCAUGGAGUACAACAAUAGUAAGGGCAUGAUGUCAGGACCUAUGGUCGGCCGCUCCAACAGCGUACCAGGCACCAGGUCUAUGCUGCAGCAACAGCUCAUGGAUAUGGGAGGCUCUGCUGACAUGGGCAUGGGUAUGAGCCCCUUCAGCCAGCAGGGCCAGCCCAACCAGUCCCCCUCCUGGCCGGACACUAUAAUGGGCAUGGAGGGUAACAGACGCCAGUUUGGAAACACCUUAGAUGAUCUUCUGGUACCUCCCACCACCAGUGAGGGUCAGAGCGACGAGCGGGCGCUUCUGGACCAGUUGGACUCUCUGCUGAAUAACACAGACGGCAUCGCUCUGGAGGAGAUAGACCGAGCCCUGGGCAUCCCAGACCUCGUCAGCCAGAACCAGGGAAGUGAGCAGCAGCUGGACCCUUUUCCAGGGCAGGACACAUCCAUGGUGCUGGACCAGAAGCCUCUUUAUGGACAGGGCUAUCCCGGACCCCCCGCCAUGCCUAUGCAGUCUGGCUAUGGAGGGAACCCCAUGCAGGGACAGGCCCAGCAGGGUGGGUUUGGGCCCAUGCUGUCUCAGAUGGGCCAAGGUGGCAGCUUCCCUGGUAUGGGUGGAAUGGGCAGCAUGGGGCACCCUCGUGCCAACAUGAUGAGACCCAGGAUGAUGACGGCCAACAAGCCCAUGCGGCUCCAGCUGCAACAGAGGCUGCAGGGACAGCAGUUCAUGAAUCAGACACGGCAGGGCAUGGGCAUGAAGAUGGAGAACCCAGGAGGCAACCCUGGCAUGAGGCCCAGCAUGCAGCCUGGCAUGGGAGGACAGCCAGGCUUCCUCAAUGCUCAGAUGAUGGCUCAGCGCAGCAGGGAGAUGGUCACCAUGCAGAUGAGGAGGCAGCGCAUGAUGAUGCUGAUGCAGCAGCAACAGCAGCAGCAUGCGGCAGCAGCCGCUGCCGCAGCCGCAGGAGGAUUCAGUCCCCCUCCAAACGUUACGGCUCCUGGUGGCAUGGAGAACCCUAUGGGAGGGCCAAACAUGGGCCAGCCGGGCCCCCAGCAAUUCGCCUAUAGUGGGAACUAUGGGAUGGGCCAGCAGGGAGACCCCUCGUUCGGCCCAUCAGGCGGCAGUCCUUCUAACGCCAUGAUGCCCAGCCGCCUGGGGCCUCAAAACCCCAUGAUGCAGCAGCACCCGCAGGGCGGUCCCAUGUACCAGGGGGCAGAUAUGAAAGGCUGGCCGCAGGGAGGCAUGGCACGCAACAGUUCGUACCCUCAGCAGCAGUUUGGCCAGCAGGGACCUCCGGGGCAGCAGCAGUUUGGGCAACAGGCAAAUCCAGGCCAGUAUGGGGGCAUGAUGAUGAACGGGGGCAUGCCAGCCAGUGGAGGAGGAGGUCACAUGGGCCAGAUGGGAGGGCAGAUGGGUAUGAACCCAAUGGUGAUGGGACGCAUGCCGAUGGGGCCUGAUCAGAAAUACUGCUGAGCAUCGUGACGGAAGCAUUCGUCUCACUGUGAUCUCUGUUCAGAGAUAGGACACGGCUGCAGCACUGGAGUGUGUGUGGAGGACCAGGCGGUGUGUGUCUGUGUGUAGUGCUGCACUCCCACCAGACGGGGGAGUGAACUUCCUUUGGACUCACGGCCAGUAAUGGCAGUCUGGCAACAUGGGGAAAACAGACAGACUGUCACAAACAGAAAUGAAAACACGCAGUGUUCAUAAAAAUCAGAAACACUGUGACACACACAUAAAUCCUAAAACAGUCAGAUAGAUGUGAUUCCUCUCGUAGACCGUAGUUUAAUAUUCCUCUCUUUAUGAGCGGUGUGUGUGUGUGCGCCUCAGUAAACACACGUCGCUCACUGGACCAAACAGUGAAGGUGGACAGACACUUGAGUCGAUCACAAACAUGAACAUGGACGAACGUGUUAAGACAUCCUCUCCUCUGUCGAAUGUACCACGAAACUGUGUUCAGAUUUAAAAUGUAGGAUUCCUCUCUUGUUUCUGAACUUUGUGGGAUUUUUGUUUUUACCCGCCAUCUCUCUGCUGCUCCUGGAGGAUCUCUGCGUACGUAAAGUAAACACGGUUCUAGAUGAUGAACCAUCAGAUUUUGACACUCAGAUGAAUGUCAUAAAGCAGUAGUAGCACAUUGUUUCGUCCUCCAGGAUGCUGCUGGGCUAGUACGAGUGAAUUACUUGUUGGCUUAUUGCACUUUAAGGAAAGGCCAACAUCAAAAGGAUUGUGGCAAUAUAGAGGCCUUUACCCAAGAAUUAAUGCAUAGCAGCAGUUGUUUAUUUUGUGUGUGUGUGUGUGUGUGUGUGUGUGUGUGUGUGUGUGUGUGUGUGUGUGUGUGUGUGUGUGUGUGUGUGUGUGUGUGUGUGUGUGUGUGUGUGUGUGUGUGUGUGUGUGUGUGUGUGUGUGUGUGUGUGUGUGUGUGUGUGUGUGUGUGUGUGUUCCAACUUUUCCUCUCUGGGUAAUGGGGGCUGAUUGGAAAUAGGUAACCUUGAUGAUCUUUGUUCUAAAGUGAGAACCAGUAGAAAGGCAGUAAGCACAGAUUUUAUCCAAUGCUAUCAUCUUCAGUGGUACCGAUUUAUUACAACCAGAGAAAUUAACAAUUUUUAAGUCAUUUUAAAAUCAUUCUUGAAACAAAUGGACAAUUAAUGUUCAUAACACCACUUAUAUUUAUACAGAUUCCUUACCGUGAUUAUUUAAUCAUUCAAGAGGUAAUUUUUAAAUCCAAUUGUUGCAGAUAUUUUGGUUACCUGGCACCAAUUUACAGUGUUACUUGUCAAGUGCAGAAAUAAAAUUGAUUGCCAAUUAUGAAAUUAUGUCUAUAGUAGCUCCCACUGUAAGAGAAAAGUGUGUGUGUUAGAUUUCUAGCAAUAUUCCUUCCUCCUGGUUUUCCUCUGAGGACAAAGCUAAAGUAUAAUUUACUCAAAGCGACGGCACUGCAGUAUUAGACAUGAUGUCUUGUUUGGAGCUUUUUUUUCUUUUGUCUGUGAAUAUGAAUUGUAAAUAAGCUUCAAAUGUACUAUAAAUAAAUAUAUAUAAGCUUUUGUAGGUCACAUACUGUUUUUGCACAGAUUGUAAGGCUUGAUAUUUAAAAGUGUAAUUUUCUUAAUCCAUCAUAGGUCAGCUUUUAUUUUCAAUACUUUAACCAUCGGUUGGAAAGGAAGGACCUCCUUUUUGUGAGCAGUACGUGUAGAUUUUCUUUCAUACUGCCACUUUCUUUCUCUCAGAAAGCACUAUUUUCUGAGGGCAUAGUCUUAGCUAAAGAGGUGCUAGUGUGUAAUUUUUUUUCUAAAUAAAUUAUUUUUCUUUUGACAAAUAAAAGGAAACACAAAAUAUGCCUAUACAGAGUUGACACAUGAUUGUGUUAGGCUUCUAGAGGCCCAGAUGUCUUACCAGAAUGUGGGGUUGAUGUUUUCUAAACCGAACCUCAUGCUUCCAUGUGUGACUUUCUGUGCUUUGACUUUUGCAGAUACGAACGUUCGGCCUCCGAUACAAGACUUUAGAAAUCAGCCCCACCGUAUAACUGUCCAUAAGUCCUUUUGGUUCAUUCACAGAUGUUUAAUCGUGAUGAAAGCAACACAUGAAGUAGUUGGAAUCCCUAAAUUACCUGUCAAUCUUAUGACAGGUGACAUUUAAUUUUGCCUUUUAUUUUUAUUGGAUUUUCCUGUGAUGCUUUUGUUGAGAAAUCUAGCUUUGAACACAUGCUCAAUCCAAAGAUUUUUGUUUGUCAUUCUGCAGUGCUUAGAAACCGUUCCUGACGUAGAUCGUGCAAGUACUCAUGUGUGCUUUUACUGUCGUACAUAACCUAUAAUAUACAUUGAACUAAAUAUGUUUAAUUGCAUAUAUGAUAUCCCCCAUCUGUAUGACAUAGAGUAGAGACGAGUCUGGUUCUGCUGAGGUGGUUUGAGUUUUUGUUUGUGAUUGUUUCUUCCUUUCUGUAGAACUUAUGGCCAGUUGAAUUGUGGUGCUGCAAACGGUUAUUUCACAAGAGAAUGUCGAGAUUUUCUAAAAUGAAAAGGUUUCAUGAUUGAUGUCAUUAUGUCUCAGAAUAAUACUUUGGAGAUGUUUUUUUUUAAACCCCAAUCUCAAUGAAGAAUAUGAAAUCUACAUAUUUAAACAAAAGCAAAAAGUCUGUUUUGCUUUAAAGGAAAGAAACUCCUCUCAGUUCAUCGUUAGAGCUAAAGAAAAGAGAAACACAUCUGGGAAACAGUCAUUAUUACAGGAUGUAAAAUACUAUUGCAUUUCUUUUUCUUACCUUGUUUGUUGAUGUUAAUAUCUAUGUAAAUACAAAUUUAUAUUUAAACAUUA